GAGGAGCUGGAAUUGGUCUAAGUCCAAUCUAUUCCCUGCCCAUAGGAUGAAGUAUUGGAAGAAACCAUUUUUCGUGCUUUCAAGAUAUGAAAUUCACUUCCUAUAGCACCAAGAAGCUCCAACAAUCCCAACAGCUUUGCUUGAUUUAGCUGGGAAGGUAAAUUCAGCAUCAUAUCUAUCGAAAGAACCCAAGCCAUCACGCACGCUCCUCCAUUCGAUGUCUGGUAUAAUCCGUGGAGGGGAGAUGUUGAUGGUUAUUGGAAAACUAGGGAGUGGUUGUACGACAUUCCUUAAGACUCUGGUAAACAUGCGGGAAGAAUAUCAAGCAGUGGGUAGAGAAGUAUGGUACAACGGCCGAAGCGCGACGGAAAUGAAAUCGCACCAUCCAGCGGAGAUGGUUUAUGCUGAGGAAGACGAUAUCCAUUUCCAUGGUCUCUCUGUGGGCACGACACUACGAUUUGCAUUAAAUGCGCGGACCCCGAUCGAUAUCCAUAACCGCUCUCGACAGCUAGACGAUAAUGUACAGAUUCUCCUCGACCUUUUCGAUAUCGCGCACGUCGCGAAUGUUUCGGUGGGGAAUGGUUAUAUUCGAGGUGUCAGUGGAGGUCAACGACAUCGCGUGACUCUGGCUGAAGCAUUCUGUACACAGGCUAGUGUUAUGGCGUUUGACAAUCCGACCCGCGGCCUUGAUUCUUCCACUGCACUUCGGAUCGCAUUGAUUCUUCGGGAGUAUACUAUUCAGAUAUUGGUACUAAGCGAAGGCCGUGUAGUAUACUUUGGACCUACUAGCGAAUCGAAGCAGUACUUUCAGGACCUCGGUUUCGAAUGCUCAACUCAAACGUCGCUAACAGACUUCCUGACCUCCAUGUCAGGAAAUCCCAAGUCUCGUCACGUCCACCCCAACCAUAGCAGACGACCCGUACCGAUUAGUUCACUUGAUUUCGAACAAAGAUACCGGGAAAGUCUAACAUUCCUGCAGUUAUCGAACAGCACGACCGACUUGCGGAAUCGCAUGUUAUCCAUUUUUGUUGGCAUCAUCACAGACCCUGUGCUUACUCUACAGAUCGAGCCACGUUUCAUUGCCUUUCGCGAUCAGUUUCUUGCACGCGAAAAGGAGUCUCGUGUUUACCACUGGUCCGUCUUCGUCUUGAGCGCAUUUAUAGUAGAGAUACCAUUUACUCUUAUAGUCGGACUCGUCUAUUGGGUCUCGUGGUAUUACAUGACCGGGUACUUUUAUUCAUCUGAGCGCGCCGGCUACACAUUCUUGGUGUACGAACUCUUCCACAUUUUUACCGCCAGCGUCGCGCGACUGAUAGCGUUGAUUUUCCCAACCAUCGGAGCUGCAUAG